ACAUGGCUGCAGGUUGUUGUGGAACGAAAAAGCAAAAGCUGAACAAUUCAUCGAGUGUUCCGUGUAAUGGUUCAGUGUUACAAAAUGGCACACAGUUGAGAAACAGUGUGAUAGUGAAGCCCGAGAUGGGCUUCUUUUGCUUUGAUGUUCUUUAUUGCCAAUUACAUCAGCUUGAUCCUCCAAAAUCGCCCAAUUUUAGCAACGAAGCAUUCCCAUUGUUUGUAACCUGGACUAUUGGAAAAGAUAUGAGGUUAAGAGGCUGUAUCGGUACGUUUAAUGCAAUGCAGUUACAUGCUGGUCUUAGAGAAUAUGCAACAACCAGCGCAUUCAAAGAUUCACGCUUUAAUCCCAUCACACGAGAAGAACUGCCACGCUUACAUGUUAGUGUUUCCAUCCUGAGACACUUUGAGGAUGGUAUUGAUUAUUUAGAUUGGGAAGUAGGUGUCCAUGGAAUUCGUAUAGAGUUCCAUAAUGAGAAGGGUAACAAACGGACUGCUACCUAUUUACCUGAUGUUGCAACAGAACAAGGAUGGGAUCAGAUACAAACAAUAGAUUCAUUGUUACAUAAAGGUGGUUACAAAGGACUGGUCACCCCAGAUAUUAGACGUAGUGUAAAGUUAACACGAUAUCAGAGUGAGAAAGUUACUGUAAGCUAUCAAGAUUACAUGACACAUUGGCAUAGUCCAUCUCAUACUUCUCAUCUCUUAUAUAACAGUACUCAAUACAAUUCUUAUAUGGCCAGUCAGGAACAUGGGUUAGUAAUGACACAACGUAAUCAUCCUGCAUUUAUACAUCCCCUUCCAAUGCCUCCCAUUUCUCCUGUCAUGGUUCCUAUAUGGGAUUAUUCAUCAUUUUGGUGGGAUCAAACAAGUUCACCUUAUCCUCCUCCACAUCCACAUCUUCAUCCCCCACCCCGUGUUCAUCGUUUUUCGUCACAAGAACCUGCUGAUAGUGGAGUUCGAAUGAACGAAAUGCACGAUACGGAAACCGAUCGCAUAUUUGGAGGAGUUAACUAAGAAAACAUGGCAGCUAGUUAUUGUGGAACGAAAAAGCAAAAAUUGAACGAUACUACUAGUGCUCCGCGUAACAAUACCGUAAGUUUACAGAAUGGUAUUCAUACUCGGAACUCUAUAAUAGUUCAGCCUGAGAUGGGCUUUUAUUGUUUCGACAUCCUUUACUGCCAACUGCACCAACUUGACCCACCAAAACCACCCAACUUCAGUAACGAAGCUUUCCCUUUAUUUGUAACCUGGACUAUUGGCAAGGAUAUGAGAUUAAGAGGUUGCAUUGGUACAUUUAAUGCAAUGCAUUUACAUGCAGGAUUACGGGAAUAUGCCACCACUAGUGCUUUUAAGGAUUCAAGGUUUAAUCCUAUAACAUUGGAGGAAUUUCCACGUUUACAUGUAAGUGUUUCUAUACUUCGGCAUUUUGAAGAUGGUGCAGAUUAUUUAGACUGGAUAGUAGGAGUCCAUGGAAUUCGUAUAGAAUUUCAUAAUGAGAAGGGCAAUAAACGGACUGCUACAUAUUUGCCAGAUGUAGCCAUAGAACAAGGAUGGAACCAGAUACAAACAAUAGAUUCUUUGUUACAUAAAGGAGGCUACAAAGGAUUAGUUACUCCUGAUAUUAGACGUAAUGUGAAAUUAACGCGAUACCAGAGUGAAAAGGUGACUGUAAGCUAUCAAGAUUAUAUGACACAUUGGCAUAGUCGAAGGUGCUAGCAACUGCCCUGGGGUCCUGUUAAUGGAUCCCUUUUUUGCCAUAUAAC